AUGGAAGGAAGAAAGCAAUUGGUUUCUUCUUCAUCAUCUUCAUCGUCUUCUUUCACUUCUGAGCUCUUUGGUUCCAUUGAUUUUCAUCCUUCCUCUGCUUCUUCUGGAAUUUUCGAUUCCAUUUUUUCUCCUUCUUCUAAGGUGUUUGGGAGAGAGUCUCUGCAUUCUGCACUGAAUGGAAAAACUUCUACUGAGGGAUCAAACUCCAAAAUUGCUACUCAAGAUUAUAUGAGUAAGGGAAGUGAGGGUGAAACUGAGAACAAAAAAAGUAAAGAUAUGAGUUAUCUUUAUCAAGAACAAAUUCAACCAUGUCAGCUUAGUUCAUCAAUCUAUUAUGGUGGCCAAGAUGUAUACUUUCAUCCUCAGAGUACGCGUGGUUCGGAAUCGAACACUAUGUACAAGAAAGAUGGUGGAGAAGAUGAUUCAGGAAGUGCCUCAAGAGGAAACUGGUGGCAAGGAUCUCUCUAUUAUUAA